AUGUUCUGCUUCUGUCUGCAGAGCUCUCUGCUCAAACUGCAGGCUCUGGAAGAGGACUCCAGCCCCUCACAGGGGCCUUCCCCUGAAGACACUGCACCCAGCCUGGGAUCCAAGGAAGACAGCCCGCCUCUCUCAUGCAACAGCCAGGAUGAGCAGAACAUACUCCCAGACUGCAAGCCAGUUCUUAAGACACCUCAGGCAGAGGGAGAGAGUAACAGUGAGCCUCAGCAGAGCCCUGGACCCAGUCGUCUCAUUCACUACAUCACUGAUGACAACAGUCCCCUCCCAUCACCACGGUGCCCCAGCCUUAGUCAGAGUCAACGCUUUAACAUGGACCCAGAGGCAGCUCCAUCACCACCCUGCUCUCAGCAUCUCAUCAUGGCUCGUGGUACUGCCAGGACCGCUGAUCUUGAAGAUGUUAAAGAUCCUCCCACCAUCCCACUGCUCACUAAACACAUUCAGACCCUCAAAAGGAAGAUCCGCAAGUUUGAAGAACGCUUUGAACAGGAAAUGAACUACAAGCCCUCACACAACGACAAGUCAGCUAACCCAGAGAUGUUCAGACUGAUGAGUGAGCUGGCCAAGUCCCGUAAGCAGCUCAAAGAUCUGAAACUGAGACAGUCAGUAGAGGAACUGAGAAGCCAGGAGAGCAGUGAGCAUACAGAGAUCUGCAGGUACACAAACGGCCUGCAGGAGGCGACAGAGCAGCAGCAACAGCAGCAGCAGCAGCAGCAGCACAAGCCUUCUCUGGAGGAGACAGUAGAAACGCUCUUGAGGAGACUUAGAGAAAAACGUCAAGCGCUCGGCCUCCCAGACAACAUGAAGGAGAUGACCCAAAGACAGAUGGCCUUGGAGAAGAUAACGCUACAGAAAUGUCUUCUGUAUUUCGAGAGCUUGCAUGGACGUCCAGGCACAAAGCAGGAGAGGAACCUGGUAAAACCUCUUUAUGACAGAUACCAAAUGGUCAAGCACCUACUGUGUACCACUCCCACCAUAACGACCAUAGAGGAAGAGGAAGGGUCGGAUGAAGAUGGCGUGCAGCACAGACCCCUGCCACCUUGCCGAGCAGUGAGACCUGCGUCCGCUGAUGAGGAGGGUGACAGUGACCCAGCAUUUGUCUCACCGCUGGAUGAGGUCAAAGCAGUGAGACAGCCAGUUGUCAACAUGUCGAACCUCCACGAGGCCUCCAGGUCUGAGCUGCUGGAGUGUCUUCGGGAAGCACGGGCAGAGAAGAAGAGAAGGAGAAAGGCCAUCAGAGAAUUUGAAGAGCAGUUCUUCAAACAAAUGGGAAGGGCCCCACAAAAGGAUGACCGCAUUCCCAUGGCAGAGGAGUACCAAGAGUAUAAAAGCCUCAAAGCUAAACUUCGCUUACUUGAGGUCUUGCUCACCAAACAGGAAACCACACAGACAAUCUGA